GGAUUUUCGCAGUCUCCAUUCCUGAGAUUACCGUCGCUCUAGCUGGCUCUUUGGGUUCUGGGAAUCUUAUGGGGUGAUCUUUUGGCAUUGUACAGGCUUCCGGUUGCUACAUUUCGGCGCGUCCUGACGGGCGUUUAGAACCGGUGCGAUGGGUGUCCCAGCACUUUUCCGGUGGCUCUCCACCAAGUACCCAAAAAUCAUUUCGGCUGUCGUGGAGGAGCUUCCUCAGGAAAUCGAUGGCGAGGAGUUUCCGGUGGAUACCACCAAGCCUAACCCAAAUGGCGAAGAAAUGGACAAUCUCUAUCUCGAUAUGAACGGCAUCGUACACCCUUGUACCCAUCCCGAGGGUAAACCAGCACCAGCAAACGAAGGCGAGAUGAUGCUUGAGAUCUUCAAGUAUACCGACAGAGUUGUGAACAUGGUUAGGCCGAGAAAACUUUUGAUGAUCGCUGUUGAUGGUGUGGCUCCUCGCGCAAAAAUGAAUCAGCAGCGCUCUCGCCGUUUCCGCUCUGCGCAAGAAGCAAAGGAAGCUGAUGAAAAGAAAGCUGAAUUUGCAAAAUUACUCAGGCAACAAAACAGAGGAAAGGGUGACAUGGAAAUUGCUGAGGAGGUAGUUCAAAAGACGUGGGAUAGCAACGUCAUUACUCCUGGCACGCCGUUCAUGGACAUUCUUUCGGCUGCCCUACGUUACUGGGUUGCAUACAAACUGAACACCGACCCCGCUUGGGAAAAGGUCAAAAUUAUUAUUUCCGACGCCACCGUCCCUGGGGAAGGUGAGCAUAAAAUUAUGGAAUUUAUUCGAUCCCAGAGAUCGUGUCCUGAACAUGAUGCGAAUACACGCCAUGUUAUAUAUGGUUUGGACGCUGAUUUAAUCAUGCUUGGGCUCGCAACGCAUGAACCCCACUUUCGAGUGCUGCGUGAGGAUGUCUUCUUUCAAGAAUCAAAAGCUCGGACCUGUCAUCUCUGCGGCCAACAAGGGCACGUUGCUGAAGCGUGUACAGGCAAGGCAAAGGAAAAGAAUGGAGAGUUUGAUGAAAAGCAAAGAGGUACCCCUCUCAAGCCGUUUAUAUGGCUUCAUGUGUCUGUUCUUCGGGAGUAUUUAGCUGCCGAAAUGUAUGUUCCUAACCAACCAUUCCCGUUUGACCUUGAAAGAGCUCUUGACGACUGGGUUUUCAUGUGCUUCUUCGUUGGAAACGAUUUCUUACCUCAUCUACCUUCGUUGGAAAUAAGGGAGAAUGGGAUUGAUACCUUGAUCGCAAUAUGGCGCGACAAUAUUCCAUUGAUGGGGGGCUACCUAACACAGGAUGGGAAUGUUGAUUUAAAACGUGCACAGCUGAUUCUACAAGGAUUAGCCAAGCAAGAAGACGCCAUCUUCCGUCGACGGCGACAAACUGAAGAAAGGAGAAAUGCCAAUGCGAAAAGACGCAAAGAGCAAGAAAGGCAAAGAGAAGAGGAGAACGCCCGGAAGAGACCGAGGCACUCCUUGGAAAACGAACCUGCCGGGCCUAGUCCACGUCGAGGUAAAGAUAUGGAUGGUAUUGCUCCUGCGAAUAUGCCUCUUUUUAUCCCAAGUAAGGGAGAGCUACCCAGAGCAGAGCGGGAAUUGACUCAUGCUAUGGUCGUGAACCGGGGGGCUAUCUAUAAAGCAAACAUGGCGAACAAAAGUGCUGCUGCUGCUCUGAAAAGUCAAUUAAUUUCUGGGGCUUCCGAAAUGAGCGUCGAAGUUUCUACGUCAACCUCAGCCAACGAUGUGUCGCCUUCGGCUCUAGGUAAAAGAAAAGCCGACGCACUUGAAACGGACAAUACGACGGAGCAAGAAGAUUCUGAAAGGCCUCCUCAGGAGCAAGAUGAAUUGCCUGCAGAUUCGGUACGACUUUGGGAGCAAGGUUACGCCGACCGAUAUUACGAGCAAAAGUUCCAUGUGGAUCCAAAAGAUAUCGAAUUCCGCCAUAAGGUAGCACGAGCAUAUGUGGAAGGGCUCUGCUGGGUCCUCUUGUAUUAUUUCCAAGGCUGUCCUUCAUGGACAUGGUAUUAUCCUUACCACUAUGCCCCUUUCGCAGCCGACUUUGUAGACCUCGAACAUAUGGACAUUCAAUUCCAUAAAGGUGCACCUUUCAGACCAUUCGAGCAGUUGAUGGGCGUGUUGCCUGCGGCAUCCAACCAUGCGAUUCCAGAAAUUUUUCGAGACCUCAUGUCUAAUCCCGAGAGCGAAAUCAUUGAUUUCUAUCCUGAAGAGUUCCCUAUCGACCUUAAUGGAAAGAAAUUCGCAUGGCAAGGAGUUGCUUUGCUUCCAUUUAUUGAUGAAAGCCGUCUCUUGGAAGCGAUGGCCAAGCGGUAUCCCCGUUUAAGCGAAGAAGAGAAAGCUCGCAAUGAGAUGGGCCGGGACAUUCUUUUUAUCUCAGAUCGGCAUCCCUUGUAUAAAGAACUGGUCGCCAAUUUUUACUCCAAAAAGCAGACUGUUCCCAAAUUCAAACUCAACAUGCGGGUCAGUGAAGGACUUGGAGGCAAGGUCGAGCGUGACGAAGCAUAUAUCCCUCAUAGCUCCCUGGUAGCAUCGAUAGAUGGAAUAGAGCUUCCUGCUCUAGAUGAAGAUCGUUCGAUUAGUGUCCUCUACGAUAUACCUAAAUCUAUGUAUACCCACAAGUCCAUGCUCCUACCAGGAGUGAAGUUCAAUCCGCCAGUUCUCGACAAGACGGAUAUCGAGGUUACAAAGGCGAAGGCGCAGCGAUCCGGAAGAUCAUUCGGGGGUGCACCUUUACAUUCGGGCAACGGAAGGGGUAGAGGCCGAAUAUCGUAUGCGAGCGACCGCCCAAAUCCAUUUGCUGCUCACCUUGAUCCAAGUUUCAAACCCCCACCCCAUAUGAACGCUCCACCUGGACGCGGUGGCCCACAUCAAUUUGAUAGACAUCGGUCUCAGAACCCACCCUCGCAACAGUCACGCGGAAGGGGAUACGGAGGCUACGGAGGUUAUGGCGGCUCCUAUGGACAGCGGGACUCAUAUCACCCACCGGCACCUCGCGGCAGGGAUUCAUAUCAGGACAGGCAAGAUAGGCAGUAUCAGCAUCAAGAUAGACCGUAUCCCCCGUCAGGUGCGGGUGGGCGCGGUGGUAGUAAUUAUUACCGGGGCCGUGGAGGUGGUCAACAGCGUUCUUCUCAAUCUGGAUACUACGGGCGUAAUGAUGGGUAUGGUAGGUAUUGAUGGAUCGAUCAUGUUUCUGAACAUGUACGGCGCUAAAAUGUUAAAAUAUAACUUUUCUAUGGUGACUAUGUAUUCAUUUUUGAUUAAAAUGGGGUGCCUUAUCCGACGCUUGCAUGGCUUUUCAUGCUUUAACUUGGAGAUAGAACUAUAAAAUCUCACACCACUCGCGGAGAAUUCCCAGUGUUUCGUGGCUUUCUAAAUUUAGAUUGGUUGUAGCUGAUGUCCAUAAGUGUCCGAUACCGGAUGAAUUCAAGUGAAUGGGUGUGUCCUGGCAGUGACAGGGAAUAUG